AUGCGGAAUAGUCUUAGCCAGAUGGUCGCCGACUGGUUUUGCCUUCGCGUGUUGAACCCCGACGAACUUCAGUACCAAAAAGCUGAUUUUCUCGUUGUUACUGAACAUGAGUACCGAACGUUCUCUCAACUACCCACAGAUUCCGAUAUCAGGAAGUUCAUAAAGUCGAAGACCUCCUUUCCUCUUAUUGUGCUUGGUGCGCAAGUAAGCAGCCGGAAGUUGGUCAAAGAGAAUGACCGUGAUCGAGCAAUCUUUUUAUCACAGCCCGUGAGUCCCAAAACACUUGCAACGGCGUUUGAAUACUGCCUGGGUCAAUAUGGAGCGCAGAGCGAUAUCAAUUCUGGAGAUCUAUCUCCCACCACAGAAUCUGACAAUUCUAGCCCUCAAUUGGCCAAUAAGGAGGAAACCAGCACAGAAGAACAGUUAGAACCAAGAGGGGAUGCUAAAAAUAUUCUUUUGGUCGAAGAUAACAACGUCAACUUGAAGAUCAUCGAGGCAUGCGUGAAGAAUACUAGUUUUACGUACCGGACCGCGAGCAACGGCCUCGAAGCAGUUGAACUUUUCAAGAAUGAGAGGUUUGACGCUGUCGUUAUGGAUAUCUCAAUGCCAGUGAUGGAUGGUCUUUCCGCAACUCGAGAAAUCAGACACCACGAAAAGACAAACAAUCUCCAUCGGACUUCUAUCAUCAUUCUCACUGCUGCCCUGUCCGCAGAUGUACAACGGGAGGCCAACAGGAGUGGAGUUGACAAAUUCCUAACGAAGCCUACUCCACUCAAGCAACUUAGGGAGAUACUCCAGAGCUUACCAUGA